AAAAAGACUGGAGACAGAACCCAUUGUGGUGUGGGAGAGAGGAGCGAGUCGCUGCCCGACAAGAGAAGAAGAAGAAGAAGAAGAAGAAGAGGAGCAGGGGGGGGGGACAAUUCCGUGGCCACGGAGGGGGACUCGCGAUAAGACGGGACGGACACGGACGCGCGAGGCACUCCAAGGACGUCGGCGUCCUUCGCGGAAAGCCGCGGUUGUAGGAAGAGUUCCGAGGCGACAUCCCAACUGUUUAUCCCAGCAGCUAGCAGGCUAGCAGGCUACACACCCGGGAGCUACACGCACGGGGAGCCCACGCGACUUCGCUCCACAGCGGUCUCCGUCGAGCUUUUAUUUAUUUUUAUUUUUUAUUUUAUUUAUUUAUUUAUUUAUUUUUGUGGAAAGAAGACCGUUUUGGGGUUUUUUUUGUGGUUGUUUCCGUGCCGGCGCCGGCUGCGAGUUAGAAGUAUUCGUCUGAACUUUAAAUAAUGAUGUGAUGCGCUAGUGCAUCGCGCUACUACGGACCCGGAGACCGGGGGGAGAAAGUCGCACAAGGCACACAAACACCGAGGAGGACAGAAAAUGACCCGUUGGCCCCUCCCAGCGAGUGGCACGGGGCAGCUGUGCCGACCUCGCCCCUGCCUGCCGCUCUAGAAGCUGCCCCCGGUGCGCCAUGCCGGCGAGGCGUUGAGGUCUCGCCCUCGCCCGACGACCGUCUCAGUACCCCUCCUCCCAGCCGCACCUCGACAAAGCCCCGCCAUGCUGCGCUUCCUGCCCCUCAAGCUCGGCCGCCUGUACCGCUGUCUGAAGCUCUUGCUGGUGGUGGGCUUGUUCGUCAUCCUGCUGAUGAACACCCACAGCCUGUUUGCCUUCUUCCAGAAGAACGAGCUCACCGACAGGCGCUUCAUCAACCUCAACAAGUGCCCCGCCUGCUUCGGCACCAGCUGGUGCCGCAAGUUCAUGAACGGCCAGGUGUCCUUCGAAACGUGGGGCCGCCUGCGCUUCCUGGACGUUUUCAACGUGAAGAACGUUUACUUCGCCCAGUACGGCGAGCCGCGGGAGGGCACCCGCCGCGUGGUGCUCAAGAGGCUGGGCUCCAACCAGGAGCUGGCCGAGAUAGACCAGAAGAUCUGCAAGAGGGCCACGGGGCGGCCGCGCUGCGACCUCAUCCAGGCCAUGUACAAGACGGAGUUCGCCCGGAUCAACGGCGACGUCCGCCUGCUCACGCCGGAGGUGGUGGAGGGCUGGUCCGACCUGGUGCACUGCCCCUCCCAGAGGCUGCUGGACCGCGUGGUCCGCAGGUACGCCGAGACCAAGGACUCGGGCAGCUUCCUGCUGAAGAACCUCAAGGACACGGAGAGAAUGCAGCUGCUCAUGACCUUGGCAUUCAACCCGGAACCACUCGUGCUACAGAGCUUUCCGUCGGAUGAAGGCUGGCCGUUCGCCAAGUACCUGGGAGCGUGCGGGCGCAUGGUCGCCGUCAACUACGUGGGCGAGGAGCUGUGGAGCUUCUACAACGCGCCCUGGGAGAAGAGGGUGGACUUGGCGCGCCAGCUCAUGGACAUCGCCGAGCAGCUCACCAACAACGACUUUGACUUCGCCCUCUACCUGCUCGACGUCAGCUUCGACAACUUCGCGGUCGGCCCGCGCGACGGGAAGGUCAUCGUGGUGGACGCCGAGAACGUCCUGGUGGCGGACAAGCGGCUGAUCAGGCAGAACAAGCCGGAGAGCUUCGACGUGUGGUACGAGAGCCGCUUCGAGGAGUGCGACAGGGAGGCCUGCCUGUCCUUCUCCAAGGAGUCCCUCUGCUCCCGGGUCACGGUGGACCACAACUACUACGCCGUGUGCCAGAACCUGCUGUCCCGCUACGCCACGUGGCGGGGCACCACCGGGGGCCUCCUCCACAACCCCCCGGCCCACGUAGCCAAAGACGGACAGCUCUUGAGCCUCCUGGACGAGUGCACCAGGCCCAAGAAGCGCUACGGACGCUUCCAGGCGGCCAAGGAACUGCGCGAGUACCUCACGCAGCUGGCCGCCGCCUCCUCCUCGGCCGCGGCCAGGUAGUGAACGGAGCCGGCGUUGGCCCGACGCCCUGAGGUCCGCGGAACUCUCGGGAUCUUUUCUACAGGGGGAGGGAAGGGGGGGGGGGGGGCGC